UGCGGAACGACACCCGUAGGCGCCACAGCCAGAGCACAGAGGCGCAGCAUCAAGCCACAACUGUAUCUCUCUGCCCCGCAUCAGGCAUAGCGACCACGGACAGGCUUGCAUGCGCUAGGAUACGAGACAGAGCAGCGACGAACAAACACUGCGCGCGAGGCGGUAGACCUGAUAGACCCGACUGCUCGCCAGACGACAAGAGAUGGCAGGGACGCUACUGCAUCUAGCACGACAGAGGCUGCUCUAGAUGGUGGCAGUCGGCAUUCCUUGACAGGACAGGGGACGAUGGACGAGGCACAGCUGACCAGAGCUGGCACCGUCCCGACUGCGCAGUCGGACGGUGCCCAACUCGAGGAAGAGCUCGUGGCUGCGAUGACGAGCGAAGUCUAUCGGGGUUCAGAGCAGAUGGAGACGUCCGAUGGUCUCAUGACGCCAAACUCGGAGCCACGGGAACUGCUUCAACUGCCAAAGGCCAAAGCGUCUCUGCUCAGACGCUUUUCCGAGACCGCACUCCACUUGUCCUUCAUCAAGUCUGCCGCUCCCGAUCAAUCGGCCACGACAGUCCGGCAGGACGAUCUCAGGGCCAAACCUCGCGCACAAGCCCUCGUCGGCCUCGGUCUGCCACGCAUGCUCAGUCCAGACUCGGCCAAGGAGAGCAGGACGCCCGGCAAGAGACCAAGCUCGCGACGUGCGAUGACUGAUCUCCGGCGCGCAAAGUCCUUUGAUGUUGCGUCCGCGCUCUCUCCGCUCGUCGUUGCUGCGCCUCUGAACAAGCACGAGAUCUUGCCCGACGAUGUGCUCCACCAUCUCGCCCAGAGUCCGCCACCCAAGCCAGUGCUAGGUCUGCCUGUGCCAGCCGACAAGGACGCGCCGGGUAAGAAGCAAGCACGCAAGAGCAUGUUCCGCGCAAGUAGCCUUUUCAGUAGCUGGGGCAGCAGAGCGAGCAAGUCUGCUACAACGAGUCCGAUGCCCUCCCCGAGCGCGGUAGAGCCGCCAUCGAUGACAAGUAGUCCGGGACCCUGUAAUCAUCCAUCAUUUGAAGACGCAAGGUUAGGUAGUCCAGCGCCGCAGAGUCCUAGCACAGUCGGCACUCAUAGGCUGCCUCCCCUCGAAGAAGGGCUCGGCAGACUCUCAAUUUCGUCCAAGCUGCCUUUUGAUGGCGCCGCCACCACCACCACCGUGCCGAUCGCAAUCAAGCGCAAUCAAAGCGAAGAGGGCCUCGAAUGGACACAAUCACCUCAUCCGAACGCGCUGAUCUACUCCGAUUCCUCAGCGCGCACGUCUUCCGAUGUUGCGCCUUCGGCUCGCUUUUCGCGCGAGUCUGGCUAUGCAACAAUGGACUCAUCGAGUGGGCCCCUCGACAGCUCGCCAAUGCAAAAGAGACGCAAUAUCUCUCUUCCUUAUCGAAAGCGGUCGAGCACGUUGGGGUCCGUCAUGACCUCAGUCGACGAUGGCGAGAGUGAAGAUGACAAAGACGAAGAAGACGAGCCGGACUAUCCUCAAGAACGACCGGACGCUCGUCAGCAAUCGCGCACAGAUAGCCACGAGGCCAAUUAUCCCUCUGAAGCGGAUAUACGUCAAGCAGGCGUCCUCUCCUUCGAUCUGCCUGCGAAGCCAAGAUCUUACAGGGGCAGUAUGUAUGCCGUGUCACCCUCUCGCAGGAGCAGUGGCGCGCUGCAAGAUAGUCCAUCGCUUGGCCAAAACAUGCUCGACGCGUUCGCCAAGAAAUCAAAAUCUGCCCUUGAUCUGACAAUGCGACGGCAAAUCUCAGGCGGGUCAUCCGGCUCUGGCAGGGCAAGAGAUGUGCAAGUCAAUCCCUGGUCGGCCUCACGCCCUCCUGCAGCACGGUCAGAGUCUGCGACCCGCAAGAGCGCGGCUAGUUUGACCUUUGGUCGGCCCCCUUCCUACGCGCCACCGGUAGACCGCGAAGAAGUCGUCACAUCGUCGCUUGAUGUGAGGCCGCGGUCUGCAUCUGGCAGCUUCACUGCCCGAUCAGCAUCGCUCAAUGCGGCUCAAAAGCUACAGAUACCACAAGGGGUAGACACUCGACGGGUGUCGGUGCCUGUCCUAUCGCAACUUUCGUCUGCAAGCAGCUCAUCAGAAUCGUUCAAGACACGCAUCGGACGAUCUGCGAGCGCAUCGCUUGGCUCGCCUACCAAGCGAGGUUCGCCUGCAAAGGUGGACGUCACGCCAGUCGACUCUGCAAGCACCUACUUUUCUCGCGUUGUCAGUCUGGUCCACCCGUCUCGUGUGCUCUGCGUUCUGUCCGAAAAGCACGACGCGAUACGGCAGAGUGCACUCAGGGUGUAUCUGUCUGGCUUUGACUUUUACCAAGAUGCUUUCGAUAUCGCGCUCCGCAAGGUUCUGCUCGUUGCCGUGCUACCAACGGAGACGCAGCAGAUCGACCGUGUGAUGGAAGCGUUCGCCAGUCACUAUUGCGACUGCAAUCCCAACGUCUUUCAGACAUCAGAGCAAGCUUAUGUGAUCGCUUUCUCACUCAUCAUGCUUCAUACCGACCAUUGGAAUCCGAACAAUAAGCGUAAAAUGUCCAAGACGGAAUAUCUGCGCAACACGAGCAUCGAUGGCGUACCCGAUGUGUUCCUCGAGUAUCUCUACGAGAACACGACAUACACGCCGUUUCGCUAUGUCGACGAUGCAGAUCCUAGGCAUCUCGAUGAGAAGGGCGACACAUCGCCUUUGUCCCCUUUCAGUAGCCCACCCCUCAGCAAGCCAAGACUCGAUCUUUACGGUCUCAUGGCGCGAGACCAACUGCAUGCUCUUCAUGUCGACCUGGGCUCGACGAUCUCGCCGCAUCAUUCGCUGUCGUGCACCGGCACCGUGCCCUUCCUCAACACAACUACUCUCAACCAACAUUUUGCUGCCGCCCCAACCCUGCUCUUCUCCAAAUCUGGCCAAAUAAGGCGCUCGAUACCAAUGGAUCGCAUCAGUGCAGCUUCAUCAAACAAUGAGCUGCUCACUACCGCUCCUCCGCGACACACCCUAUCUUUGCCUGUCGUGCGGGCUGGCUUUCUCACCCGCAAAUGUGACUACGUCGAUACAGACAAGCGAUCUGGCAAUAGAAAAUGGCGUCAGAUCGGCGCCGUGCUGACUUCCUCGCAGCUUCUUAUAUUUAAGGACACUGCCAGCCUUUAUGACGUGCUUGAUGAUCUCGAAGGAAGGGGUGCAACUGGCCAGCGGCCUACCGCUGAUGGCUUCAUACAUCAGCCGGAUGAGAUCUGGACUCUCAAGGAUGCUGUGGCAGUCUACGACCCGGAUUAUAUUCGACGCGAGCAUGUCUUCCGGCUGCGACAUGGCACGCGUCAAGACCUAUUCCAGACUGACGACUAUGCCGCGCUCAAUGACUGGCUAGCUUGCCUCAACUAUGCUGCUGCUUUCAGGACUUCCGACUUGUCUGUUUCCGACAACCCUGCUGCCGCCAGACAAGCUCUGUCAGACCCUGAGGCAGACGAUUCCGAGGCGAGCCCUGUGUCUAGCAAGCUCUUCGUCUCACACUCAGACCGACGGGACCGACUACAGAAAUGCCUUGCGGAGCUCUCAACAGCAAUUGCAGAUGACCAGAAGCGAAUUGCAGACAGCCUCGCAAGUGCCAGACGAUUGGCCGUGCUCAUGCCUCUCUCGCCGGCUCUAAGAGUGCGCAUCACUAAUUCUGCCCAGCCUAUUGCGGCAUCCCUGGCGCGCGACAGGAUCGCGCUCUGCCAGCAUGUCACCCACCAAGAUAUCUUGUCGCGACACUCUACGACGCUCUCACAAACGAAGCAGCGUCGCAUUGGCUCUCCUACCGAAGCAGACCUCCUCGAGGACCCACGCUCGCCUUAUCGCGGCUCGCACGCGCACUCUGAGGAAGUGCUCACCAAGCGCAGCAGACCGCGGGGCAAGCGCGCCCAGACUUUUAUUGGCUCUCGAUAGACUUAUGACCUGUUGUAGCAUGUAGUGACAACAAUAGCAAAUGCUGUCCGACUAGCCUGCUAGCCGGUAUAGCGCUCUCGCUCAAAGUCGACGAGCAUCUGUCGUAGCAAGGUUCUCUCUGCUUCAUCCUCCGUUCUGAGAAAUCCCGCCAUCAAAGCAUCGCGUUCAUGCUUGCCCAUGACGGCCAAGACCUCGACGAAUCCGGGCAUAAGCUCGGCGCGUAGGCUGGGAGAAAUGGCUGCUUGACUUGCGGUCGACGCUUUGAGGAAAUGAUAGAGAACAAAAGGCGAAUGCUUGGACAUUGGAGCACUGAGAUCGUCAUUCCUACCCUCGCCCUUGCGCAGCUUGUCGCCUCUUGCUCGCGUUCCACGUGAAGUGAGUGCUGUAAGAAAGCAUGCAAGGCGACGCGCAUU